AUGUCAUCCUCUCACGCCGACAACGGCCGCCCGGCGGGCCAAGAAACAACCACUGCACAAGAAGCCGCUGCCCAAGAGCCAACCCCUGCAGUUUCCGCCGAAGAAACCACCCCUCCCGCCGCCAAACAACCCACCGCCCGACAUAACAGGAGAACGAGCGGCAGCGGCCUGGUGGUGAGAUUCGACGUCUCACAAACGGCAUCCUUAACCAGCAUCGCUCAAUCCGCCAUCGAAUCACUAAAACUCAUCCUCCCAAAUAUCUCCUCCGCUCUCUCCGCCGCUCCCAACCCCGCCCUCGCCCUCCUCCACGACACGGAAGUUACCGCCCAAAUCACCGCCCUUCUCCGCAGCUCCACCUCCGGCGCCGGUGACGACAACCUCUGCCGUUGGCUCUACGACACUUUCCAAUCCAACAACCCUGACCUUAAACUCGUCGUCCUCCGCUUCCUCCCUAUCCUCCUCGGCGCCUACCUCUCCCGCGUCGUCUCCCGCCGCAAAUCCCUCGCCGGAUUCGAAGCCGUCCUCCUCUCCCUCUACGCUCACGAAACCAACCGCCGCGCUAGCCAACCCCUCACCGUCAACAUCCCUGACCUAGCCCACCCUAGCAUUUACCACGAAACGAAAUCCCCUCUGAAAUACAACGCCACCGCUCUCAAUCUCGCCGUAAUCUCCCCAUCAUUGGAGCCCCACGGCAUGGUCCGCUCCACCAAAAGGGCCCGAAUCGUCGGCGUCGCCCUCGAACUCUACUACACGAAGAUCGAGAAGAUUCCAGAGUCUUCGAAGAUCGAUUUCUGCGAGUUUUGCCGAUUGUGGGCCGGCGGCGACGAUGAAUCCGGAGGAGCUAAAAAAGAUGAGAGGGAGGAGGAAGAGGAGGAGGAGGAGGAGGACAUCGGGAUUAUUCCAUUGCCAUGGGAGAUUCUUCAGCCGAUACUAAGAGUGUUAGGGCACUGUCUUCUAGGGUCGAAUUUGAUUACAAAGAGCAAGAAGAAUGAAACAACGCCGUUGUUCAAAGCUGCCAUUGGUGCGAUUCGGAGCUUGUAUGUGAGAUCUAUGCACGAUAUUAAUCCGAAAGCCAUUUUAGCGACCGGGAGCUUGAUGAGGUUGGGGAAUAUGGCCAUUGAAUCCGGCGAUGAGGUCGAUUACACUGAGAUUCCUGCUCAAACCGUCAUCAACCUCUAGCAAUUCUAUAUUAGGGUUUUCAGUCCUGUUUUCCCCUCUCUUUCUCUGUUAAUUAGAGUUUAUAUAUAAUUAAGAGAGAAUUGUUCUCUUCUUCUCUCUGCGAUGCUUUGUUCUUGCUCGCAUGGCUUCCAAGAUUGAAGAC